AUUAGGGCACAAAUAUCUUAAUCUACUACUCCGUACUUUACUCCAAAAUCCAAAAUGAUAUACUCACUACUCACUCCAUUUGAGUGACAUUUUCUCUACCCGCCCAAAGGAGCUCCACGAGGCCGAGCCUCCACCAGCAGUUCAUUGGACCUACAAGUCUGCAAGUGUGCAGCCAUGAGUCCUUGGCGUCAAAUGUUCAAAUUUCCCCGGAAAUACCUGAUCGCCGUCGCUGGCUUUGGCGGUGCCACCGCCGUCAUGUUCCAAACCAGAAACCCCAGUUCCCCCAAUUCUCCCACAGAUUUCCCCUUCAUCAACGGUUUAGUUCGUUCCUCCCGCGCUCUCUUCACUAUCACUUCGAAUGCUGUUGACUACACGUACUCUUUGCACGGCUUGACUCAGAACACUGAGGACUAUCUGUGGGCUGUUACUGAGGUACAUCUAAGGUCUGCAAAGAGAAUAUUGAGACUAUGUGAAGCCAACAAAGGUGUUUAUGUCAAAGCUGGCCAGUUUGCUGCAGCAAUGCGUGUCAAGCAAGUUCCAAAAGAAUACUCAUCAACACUGUCAUCUUUGCAAGACCAGGCUGUUCCUUGUCCUUUUGAAUCAAUCAAGGAAGUACUGAGCAACAGUUUGGGUCCAAAUUCAUCGGAGAUCAGCUUCUGUUGCUCAAGUACACCAUGCUGUUUUGAGAGAUAAUAAAGAAGUGGUUGUCAAGGUGCAAUAUCCAGGAUUAGAGUACCAGAUGAAAUUUGAUCUUGCAACAAUGUCUUUUAUCUCCAAAUUUGCUUCAUGGUUUUUCCCAGAAUGCAGGUUUGAGUGGCUGGUAUCAGAAUUUAAGAAAUCUAUUACUUUUGAGCUUGAUUUCAUUGAAGAGGCUAAAAACCUCGAGCAAAUGUCUGAAAACUUCAAAAGCAACAGCAUGAUUAGGUUUCCUCAAGUUUAUUGGGGUUUCACAACAAGGAAUGUUUUGACGAUGGAGUUUUGUAAAGGAUUCAAGGUAUUUUGUUCUGCCAGCUUUUGGUGGCAUG